AUAAUGCUCCAUCGAAGAUGCAUGUAUAUAUGGUCGAAGAUAUUACACAUAUAGAGUAUAGAGCAGUAUAGAAUACUCUGUGUUCGAGUUUGGACAUAUAAAAUGGCACUUCGUUCUUUACCCUUUUUACGAAUAAACGGUGAUUUUAGAAAUUGUUAUGGAUUGUCUAAAAGACUGCUCUCGAGUUCAAGUAAGGAAACGAAAGAAGAUGCAGUGCCAUCGGUAAUCCGGAAAAGUGUUAAAGAUCUUUUAAUGAACAAGGAGGAACAAUUGUAUCAAGAAGCUACGAAAGGUACUAUUACAGUAUCUUCGGUCGAAGACGUUGGGUUGGUCUCGGGUGUUCCAGAGGAUCAUAUAAAAACUCGUAGAGUUCGCAUAUUUUGCCCUGCGAAAAGUGCUAUGCAAUCUGGCACGAAUAACAUUCAUUUCUGGCAGAUAGACUUCGAUACGCGCGAGCGUUGGGAGAAUCCACUAAUGGGAUGGACUUCUACAGGAGAUCCCAUGUCUAACAUCAAAGUGGAAUUUGCAUCAGAAACAGAAGCUAUUGCGCACUGUGAAAAAAUGGGUUGGGAAUACUAUAUUCAAAAACCUAAUGUCAAUAAUCCUAAACCUCGUAGUUAUGGUACCAAUUUUGCAUGGAAUAAGCGCACUAGAGUGUCCACUAAAUAAAGAAUAGUUGAUCAAUAGAAGAUAACAUAGCUCUGUAUAUAGGUGUAUCAUUUGUCAAAUGAUAAUAAAGUUAUAUGUAUAUAGAGUGAUUUUUACAAAAACGUGUUUACAGAACAUAUAAGGAUUUAGUAGUUUAUUUUAAAUUAAUACAAACGGAGUGUUACCAUGUUUGAAUUAAUUUUUUCAAUAAAUUUCCCUAUUUAACUUUA